AUGGUUGAGACAGUGCACGAAUCGUUACGCCUUUCAUGCGGCUGCCCGACCAUUGCUGGUCGGUUGACCUCUCCUCUUAACCUUGGAGCACUGGGCAGGCACCAGCACUAUCAAUCACUGGCUAUCGUAGCUGACUUCGUCACUCCUUCGGUAAUUAUGGCCCCGACUAACCCCGGGCAGACGACCUUCACCCGGGAAACCUUGGUCAUUCGGCCAGAAGGAUUCUCACCUUCUAUCGUUACUCACGCCGGCAUUCUCACUAGUAAAAACUCCAUUAGUCCUUACGGUCUAACUUCGCUGUCGUUACUACGCUCCCCUACCGCUAGUUGGCAAAAGAAAAAUAUUAGGACCUUAGUUGAUGGUCUGGGCUGUUCCCCUCACGUCUAUGAAGCUUAUCCCCCACAGACUGACUGCCCAAUAAUGAAACCGUGGUCUUUACUCCUACUUCAACCUGCUCAUGCAGCACUUAAAUAUUACCACAUUGCUGGUAAUGAGUUACCUCAUUCGGACAUUUCCGGAUCACAGUUUAUUUUCCAACUCCCCGAAACUUAUCGCAGGAUAUCACGUCCUUCCUCGCCUCUUAGUCCCAAG